AGCUAAGUGGAGAAAAUGGUCUCUGAGGUUUUGCAUUCAUCAUAGUGGAGAUAAUAAGAAGCUACGAAGGGGAAUGAAGACAGCGUUAGGGAGGUCUUUGGAUCUGUUUACAUCAUCCCUUCCUCAGAAAUGCUUCUGUGCCUUCAAAGCAUAACUUUGUUACCGUGAGCAAAACCAGACAUGUGAAGAACAUGGCGGACAUGGCUUUGUGCUGGUCUCUCCAGGCACCGCUCUUACUACUGUUUUCCUCAGCAUUUAGACUCACAUCUUCAUCCCUGGAGGAGCCAAGAGACCCAUGGGUAUCUGCACAGAAUUGCAGCAUGGAGCAGAUAGCCACAGAAAACAUGAAGUCUGGCACUAUGACCGUGUUGCUGCCCAGCCUGUACCUGGUGGCCUUGGUCCUGGGUCUGCCGUCCAACCUGCUGGCCCUGUGGGUGCUGCUGUUCCGCACCAAGAAGCAGCCCUCCACCAUCCUGCUCAUCAACCUGACCACCUGUGACCUGCUGCUGCUGGCUGUGCUGCCCUUCCGCAUCGCCUACCACUUCCAGGGCAACAACUGGACGCUGGGUGAGCCCUUCUGUCGCCUGGUGAUGGCGCUCUUCUAUGGGAACAUGUACGGCUCCAUGCUGUGCCUGGCACUGAUCGCGUUCGAUCGAUACCUGGCGCUCGUUCACCCACUCAGGGCGCUGACUCUGCGGGGCCUACAUCACACCGUGCCCAUGAGUGUUGCUGUGUGGGUGGUGGUCCUUGCUGCUAUGGCACCACUCCUGGCCACACAGCAGACGCAUCCAAUAAAGAACCGCAACAUCACCACCUGCCAUGACGUGCUACCACUGGACAAGCAACCAAACUUUUUCCUUCCAUACUUUGUCAGCCUCUUUUGCAUUUGUUUCGUCCCGUCAUUCCUCGUCGUGGUCUUCUGCUACGGCUGUGUCCUACGCAAAAACACUGACAACCGCUUCCGGUAUGCGGUGCAUGCCACAGUGCUGGUUAUGGGGGUGUGCCUGGUGUGUCUGUUGCCAAGUAAUGUGCUAAUGAUCUUGCGCAACAUCAACUGGUUGGAGGUUGUUGAGGGUUGGUCGCAGGUGAUCCACCUACACAUGGCGUACAUGUUAGCUCUGGCACUCAGUGCCUUCAACAGCUGUCUUAACCCCCUGAACUUGUACUACUUGUCCACGGACUUCCAGAAGAAGAUGCAGCAGGCCAUGUGCCAUAGAGACCUCAGCCAAUGUUCCACUUUAAGACCGAAUAAUAAAAGACUCUCCUUGAUGCCCACCUAGUUCAACAUUAAUUGUCAGACACAGAUAUGCA